AUGCUCACUGACCGGCGACCACACACCAUCGACCUUCCUCGCUUCGUCGAGCCUCACGCUCGCGUAGCAUUACCCAAAGGCUCUGCUUCAUCGCCCAAUGAGGUGGCUCAGACAUGGCUUGAUUCCUUUGAAUCUGCCUUGGCCGCCGGCGAUGUAGCAAAGCUCAAGACGCUGUUCCACGCCAACAGCUGGUGGAGGGACCACCUGGCACUAUCCUGGGAUUACCACACCCUCCAUCCGCUUUCCAAGAUCGAGGACUUCCUAUCAGCCCGCAUUGGCCAGCUCCAGCUUUCCAACUUCCGCCUCGCGGAGAUUGGCAGCUUCACUCCCACUAAGAAGACUCCAACGAAGGACCUUGACUGGGUUGAGUCCAUGUUUGAGUUCGAGACCAGAACUGGACGCGGAAAGGGUGUCUUUAGGCUCGUACAAGGACAUGACGAUGUUUGGAAGGCAUAUACAGUAUACACUUCAUUGCAAGAGCUGAGGGGGUACGAGGAGGCCGCUGGAAGGAGAAGGCCGCAUGGAGGAAAUAACAAGCUCCAGGGUGGCCUUAAUUGGCUUGAGCGUCGGCAGAGGAAGAUUGAGUUCAAGGACGAAGAGCCCACUGCGUUCAUCGUCGGCGCUGGACAGGCCGGCCUCAACAUUGCCGCCCGCCUUCAAGCACUCAACAUAUCCUGUCUCAUAAUCGACCGCAACCCACGCGUUGGUGACAAUUGGCGCAACCGCUACCGCACCCUCUCUACCCAUGACCCUGUACAUACAUGCCACAUGGCAUACCUUCAAUUCCCCGCGAACUGGCCCUUCUUCACUCCCAAGGAUAAGCUGGCCGACUGGUUCGAGUCAUAUGCUAGUAUCAAUGAGCUCAACGUCUGGCUCUCCACCAGCAUCACCAACUCCUCCUGGUCCGAUGAGGACAAAACCUGGACCAUCUCCGUCAAGCGCGGCGACAAGAACGGCGAAGAACGAACACUAAAGCCAAGAUACGUUGUCUUCUGCACAGGUCACUCCGGAGAGCCCAAGAUCCCCACCUUCCCUGGCCAAGACAGCUUCAAAGGCACCGUCUACCAUGCCUCACAGCACAAAGACGCCUCAUCCUCAGGCCAGGACGUUACAGGCAAAAAGGUCAUUGUUCUCGGCUCAGGCAACAGCGGCCACGACAUCGCACAAAACUUCAGCGAGAACGGCGCAGUCGUCACCAUGGUGCAGCGGUCUCCAACCUACGUCAUCUCCGCCUCCAUAGGACUGCUAGAACUGUCCAAAGGCAUCUACGACGACGCCGCACUCCGAAUCAACACGAUCGACGAGACGGACGUCUACGCUCAAAGCUUGCCGUACGCGAUCCAGUGGGCGCUCGGCGUUGAGACGACCAAGCGCAUUGCGGGCCAGGAAAGCGAGCUACUCGCCGGGCUGCGCAAAGCGGGGUUUGCGCUUAGUGAGGGGAUCGAUGGCGCAGGGAUCAUGAGGCUGUAUAUGCAGAAGGGAGGCGGGUAUUACAUCGACGUCGGCGCUUCGAAGAUGAUCGCCGAGGGCAAGAUUAAGGUCGUGCAGAGCUUGGAUGGAAUCAAGGAAUUUGAGGCCGACAAGCUAGUGCUUGCGGACGGGACGAAGUUAGAUGCGGAUAUCGUUGUGUUGGCUACUGGCUACGACAAUAUGCGGACGAGUCUCAGGAAAGCAUUUGGUGACGAGGUUGCGGACCGAUGUAAGGAUGUUUGGGAUCUUGACGAUGAGGGUGAGAUCAAUGCGAUGUGGAGACCGAGCGGUCACCCGGGCGUUUUCUUCAUGGGCGGUAAUCUGCUUCUCUGCCGAAUCUACUCGAAGUUCUUGGCGCUGCAGAUCAAAGCUAUUGACGAAGGGCUGAAUCUACGGUAG